CUUCCUUUCUGCCUUCUUGCCUCGGGAUACCACAGGUAGACACUCAUGGGCAACCUGGGUGUUUGGGCCGUGGCUGUGGCCGCUCUGCUGGGAACCUCAGGGUGCUGGCUGGCUGAAGGGCGCAAGAGCAGCAGACGAGGCAGCGUUGAUACAGCCACAAUGUCACGUACCUCCUCCCAGGAACCACACUCCAUGGAGAAGGGGAAAGCAGACGGGAACAUCGAUCAAUCCCUUUCUGAUCCAGACGGAGGUCCCUGUCGUAGGACUUACUGUGGACGUGGUCGACAGUGUGUGCUGAUGGAAGAAACCGGCCGUGCUGAGUGUGUUUGCCAGGAAAAAUGCCGGCCCUCCUUUGUGCCAGUUUGUGGCUCAGACGGCAGUUUCUACGAGAACCACUGCGAGGUUUACCGCACCGCCUGUCUGGAGAGAAGACGGAUCUAUGUGGUGCACAGCAAGGACUGCUUCUUCAAAGGCAAUGCGUGCACCAUGUCAGAGUACAACCGGCUGAAGAGCAUGCUGCUGGAUAUGCAACCAAAAGUGCUGAAAUCUGGAGAGCAGAGCCAGCAGAGAAACAUGGAGGAGAAGAGAACACUGGUGGACACCAUGUUUAAAUACCUGGAUGUGGACCAGGACGGCCGGCUGGUCAGUGAUGAGCUGGAAAAGAUCUCUAUGAAGGAGCACCUGGAGGACAGCCUGCUGGAGUGCACCAUGCAGGACCUGCUGCGCUACGACGACUACAACAACGAUGCACACCUCAGUCUGCAUGAGUUCUACACAGCUUUCCAGGUUGUCCAGUUGAGCCUGGCAGAGGACCAGUGGAUCAGUGUCUCCACGGUAACAGUGGGCCUCAGUGCCGUCCUUACCUGUGCCAUCCAGGGUACGCUGCGCCCGCCAAUCAUCUGGAAGAGGAACGGCAUCAUACUUAACUUCUUGGACCUGGAGGAUAUUAACGACUUUGGGGAUGAUGGCUCCCUAUACAUCACCAAGGUGACAACCAUCCACAUGGGGAACUACAGUUGCCAUGCCUACGGCUAUGAAGACCUCUAUCAGACACAUGUGCUGCAGGUGAAUGUCCCUCCAGUGAUCCUGGUCUAUCCAGAGACGCAGGCCCAGGAGCCCGGUGUAUCUGCCAGCCUCCACUGCCACGCUGACGGCAUCCCAAAUCCCAAACUCCUCUGGCUGAAGAAUGGCAUGGACCUGCUGCCCAGAUCCUCCAAACAGCUCUCUCUCAUAGCAAAUGGUAGUGAGCUCUUUCUUGGCAGCGUCCGGUACGAGGACACCGGAGCCUAUACCUGCAUUGCCAAGAACGAGGUGGGAGUGGACGAGGAUAUUUCCUCUCUGUUUGUUGAAGACUCGGCCAAGAAGACCCUUGCAAACAUUCUGUGGAGAGAAGAAGGGUUGAGUGUGGGGAAUAUGUUCUAUGUGUUUUCUGAUGAGGGCAUCACUCUUCUUCAGCCAAGUGAAUGUGAGAUACGCAGACACAUCAAGCGGACAGAGAGGAUUGUUGCUACCUAUGAGGAGAUGUGCCCUAAAGGUGAGGGGGUGUCACCUCAGCACUGCGUGUGGUCCUCAGCAGUUAACAUCAGGGAUAAGUACAUCUACGUGACGCAGCCCCUCCUGAGCCGACUGCUGGUUGUCGAUAUUCAAGCACAGAAGGUGGUGCAGGCAGUAACAACAGAUCCAUUUCCAGUUAAGAUGCUCUAUGACAAGUCGCAUGACCAGGUGUGGGUCCUAACAUGGGGGGAUAUGGACAGAACACACCCAACCCUACAGAUAAUUCCUCAAGCCAGUGUGGGAGAAGUACAUCAUGCCAUCCGCACAACUUUCCAGAGGGUCAACGAUUUCUUCAUUCCUCCAACCAACCUCAUCAUCACCCACGUUAGGUUUGCCUUUGUCUUCCUCAAAAACGAACCUGCGGUACACAAGAUUGACCUGGAGACCCUCCACCGCGUCAAGACCAUCAGCCUGAAGAACUACAGCUGCAUACCCGUCAGCAUGGCCUACACACAUCUGAGCGGCUUCUACUUCGUCCAGUGCCAGAGCAAGAGUCACCUGCGAGCCCCGCCCCAGCUCCUCAUCGACAGCGUGACGGACGCAGUGAUUGGUCCAAAUCUAAACAUCACAGGGCAGCCGUUUGUGUCGCCGGAUGGCCGCUACAUUGUGACACCUGACCAGCAGAGCUCAAAGCUGAUAGUACAGACAGUGUCAUUCCAGGGAGAGCUGGGUCUGAACCAGGAACUUGACGAGCCUGUAGCUGUCUCUGAUCUGGCUUUCCAGCCUUCCUUUACAGAGUCCAACCAGCAUGUGGUAGUCGCCACCUCAGGCUCAGGCACGGACCUGCUAUUUGCCGAUCUGUCCUCAGGCGUCACUGAGCUCCUCCGGAGCCUCAAGGAGCCCCUGGACCCCCAAGCCUGGCCCUGGGGAGGCCCAAACAGAGUAGUGGUCUCCAGCGGUUUGUUCGGACAGUACCUGGUGACACCGUCAGCCGAGUCCCUGUUUGUCCUGAACGGCAAACAGAGAACGCCGCACUGCGAGGUGUCAGACAUCAAGAGAGGUAACACAGUUGUCUGGGUCGGUGAGGUAUGAGUAAACUAGAAAAAAAGAAAGCCGGAGACGUAGGAUUAUGGCCAGACAGAAAUGAAAGAUCAGGCUAAAUUACCUAAUAUAAAGAUUUAUGUGAACAUAAGUUGUGGACUCAACCCUGGGACUGAGCGAGAGGGAUACAUGCCUGGGUUUAUUGUAACAAAAGUACACUUAAAAAUAGAGUAAUUGAGAAAACAUAAAGAAACCCUGUUGUGAUAUUUCUGUUGGGAGAAAGUGUCAAUGCCGUUCAGUGCAACAGUGAUCUAUGUGCACUUAACUAUACAGAAUUGUACAUUAUUGCACUUCCUUCCAUGUUAUCACAGCAAAUAGGUACCUGAAGAGGGGUUAUUAACAAACUAUGAACUAUGCACAAUGCUCACUUUUUUUAGAGUAAAAAGCUUUCCGAUUUUGUUCAUCUCAACAAUGUUUGUCGUUUUCAUCAGUGCUGCAUAUAAUCACCACAAACUGUCCGUCUGUCCUUAGUGUUGUGUGAUCUGAGUCCUUUUAAAAGCUACCAACCAACCCAUCCGUUUAUUCGCCUUUGUGAUGGUAUUGUACUGUAUUCUCCCUUUGAAAGCUUUCAUUCUCCUCAUGCCGGCAGAGGUUGGCUUUAUGCAUAUGUGUAAUACCAUCUGUUUUACAUUGUCUAUCCAAAGAGCCUGAUUGGUCCAUUAGUCGUUAAUGGAUGUUUUGCUCACAGAGGAAGCCUAAACAGAAAUGACCAGUACAUCUUGUGGUCUCUUGCGAUGGUAUAAUCUAUCCCCCGCUGUCUCUCACAUUCAUUCUGUACCUGCAGCACACCUCUGUGCUGCAGAGCCUGAAAAUGCAUCUUAGUAGAUUCCCUCAGGGUUAUAACUCCGGUUGACGCUGACCCCAUAUGCUGAGGCUGUGCCAAAGUGUCAUCAACUCCGCUAUCUGACUGGCUGUGAGCAUUUAUACUUCCUCCCAGAGAGCCAUGCAUCAAGAUCAAACUCCAAGGCAGGUAGACUAUACUUACCACGUGGUAGUUAUUCAGCUCCACUUAAAGGACUGUAACACAAUAUAUUUUUAUUGGUUUCUGUCUAGUCGGCGAACAAAACUUGUUUUUUUUUUCGGAUUUGUCAUUUGUAUCUGCAUAAGAACCACAUAUGCACAGGAAACGAAUAUGCUGUAUCUUUAAACCUAGCAGCCUGUUUCAAAACUAGGGAUACUUUAUACAGAUAUUAAGCAAUAGGUGCUAUUUUAAACAUUAUUCCUUUUUUCAGGAAUACUAUUGAUUGUUAAAUUACUAAAAAAAGAGGUUUCUUUGUCAUUAUUAUUCUAAAUUGUAUACCUACCUUUGAAAAACCCAGUAAUAAUCUAGUCUAUUCUAGUCUUAAGGCAUUAACCUAAUAAACACCAGCAACUCUGUCAGAUAUGGUCUCUCUGUGGUUGACUUGUCUUCUGUGUAAUUUGCUUUUGCCAUUUACACAAAUCAUCAUGAUGAUCCAUUAGCAGCAAGAUGGAAAUUACUGGAAUCAUAGCAGCAAGAUGGAAAUUACUGGAAUCAUAGUCUUUUUAACAUCUCUGCUUCUUGACAGUAGUGAAUACUUAGCUCAGAUGUCACACUUAAUGGCUCAUAGAUAUUGGGUUAAAAUGGGUUUUUGUAGCCAGCACAAAUUAGCUAGAAGAAAAGAAGUAUAUCAAAAGAAAAACAAUGUCAAUUUCCUGUUAAAUGAAAUCAACUACAACAGUGGACUACAGAAACAUUAGCACUAACGCUCAGUCCCUUCAUGGAACGAGGAUGAUCUUGGGAAGCUCUCUUGUACAAAUACUCACAGCCUUUAGGAUUUGGCAGUUGUUGACCUUUUUUGCGGCGCCAAACAUGUUCGAAAGAUGUGAGAUUAAACUCAUCCUUAUCUCUGAAGGCCAUACACAGAUCAGAAAUAACUGUAGAUCCAACUGGAGUCUUGUGAAUGAAGUAUAUCUGUUUUUCCCAGAAACAAACAGCAGCCCAAAAUAAAUAUUAAUCAUCAUCUCCUAAUACGUAGUUGUGCCUGUAACUCCCUCAAUACAAUGUGUAGGGUAGAAACCAAGCUGUGUGAGAAAAGAAUAAAGUAAAUACAGGAGUGAAGCAAAUUUGUUGUUCUUGUUUGUGAUUUAGGUAUUUGCUGCUAAUCUGCCAUGAAAAUAUGUUCUGGCAAGAAAGCCCGUUUGAACUUUUUGAAAGCAAUGGCUUAAUGAUAGACCACUGUUGCACUGAGGAGAGAAAUGUACUAUCAGAUGUAUGAUUACUGAAUGGAAAUUUGUCAAAUUGGUAGCCCAGUUUUCUCACUGUAUCAAUGAAAACAAUAAUCUUAAAUAGGCUCUGAUGCUUCCUAAAGUCACUAUCCAAUCCAAAAUCACUCCCCAGUGGCUCGAACUGAGUCAUCUACAGUGUCGGACAGCUCUGAGACAUGCAUGUAAUGAAAAUAGACCUUCGACCAGAUCAUCAUUGAUCUCUCACAGUCACACACAGUUUACAGUUGCUUGUGAAAAAAAGUCACUUUUCCGCCCUCUCAUCGUCACGUCCGUCAGCUUAUCUCUUAAGGUUGAUUCAGCAGUGUGACAUCGCUACUAGAGCCAAGGAGAGCACGAAUAAAAAGACUGCACCUGUGCUUGCUGAUAGAACUACGUUAUUGGCUAGCUCAUGUUGUUUGUUUGGAUCCGUACCUCUCCUCAAGUAAGGGGGCUGCAGAGCUGAACUGCUUGGUAUGAUAGACAUUGAUAGGAAACACUGUUGUAGAUAACAUUGUUCAUGUUUAGAACAUGUUCUGACAUGACAAAACUGACUGUACAGUUUUCUUUAUGCAUUUUGUGUGUUCUGG